AUGUUACUACGCCUCCUCGCGCUGAUCUUUGCCGCCGUCUUGGCGGCGUCCUCGAGCUCCAUCGAUGCCCGUGCUAUCCACCCUAUCUUCCUUCCCUUCGGCGACAAUGGCCGUCGCCUGAUCGGCAUCCAGAGGUGCGAAGAAUGCUUCGGCAUAUGUCAAGAGGUGCACUACAGGACGCUGUGUAGCACGCUGGCGACGCUGCCCGGGGUGACGACCCCGCAGCAGCUCCUGGACACGGCCCUGCGGGUGACGGCGGCCAAGUCGGCGAUGGCGGAGAUGCGGCUGGACGAGGCGAUGAGGGCAGGCCUGGGCAACACCAUCCCGAUGAUGUCGUCGCUGCAGUCGUGCAGGGACAGCUACGCGUCGCUGACGGACUCACUGGGGAAGUCGCGGGCGACGCUCAAGAAGGGGGGCAGCCGCGACGACCUCAUGUCGGAGCUGUCUGCGGCCAGCACCUACUCCACCGACUGCCGGGACAUCUUCGGCGAGCGCCCGGGGCUCAAGUCGCCGAUACGCGGCGCGCAGCGCCACAUCACGCGCCUCGUCAGCAACUGCCUCGACCUGGCUACCGCCAUCAGGCAGCCCUGA